AUGCAACUCUCGUCGACUUUUCUCUUCGUGUCAGCUGCUGUACUCGGUACCUUUUCACUCGUUACAGCUACACCAAUGCCUUGCAGCGAUGCAACCAGAGACCUUGUACUCAGAGGAACCUUAGAUCCCAGCGCAUGUUGUAGUUAUGGUGUAUGUAAAGGGCUUGUCAAUGUCCAAGGUGGUUGA